GCCUGAAGUGCAACAUGGCGCCGCCCGUAGUACUGCGCUCGUUUUCGCGGCUGCUGGCCCCCGCCAGGCUGCCGAGCUGCUCUUCAACACGGUCAAAGUUCUAUGUCCGGGAGCCAGUCAAUGCCAAACCUAACUGGGUGAAAGUUGGGCUGACCUUGGGCACCUCGGUUUUCAUGUGGAUUUAUCUCAUCCACCAACACAACGAAGAUGUUUUGGAGUAUAAAAGAAGAAAUGGACUGGAAUAAACUUUGGAGAUACUACAGUCUGCUUCCUGUGAAGAUCUUUGUCAUUCCUCUGAUCUAUCCAGAGAUGUGGAGACGAGAAAAAAUUUACAUGUGAAUAUGUCCUAGUCAAAUCAAUGUGUAUAUUUUGCAUUGUUAAAGAAAUAAAAAAGGGGUUGGGGAUUUAGCUCAGUGGUAGAGCGCUUGCCUAGCAAGCGCAAGGCCCUGGGUUCAGUCCCCAGCUCCGAAAAAAAGAAAAAAGAAAAAAGGAAAAAAAAAAAAUAAAAAUACUUGUGCUCUUCAAAAAAAAAAAA